AUAAAACCACCGGCUGGGUUUUGUUGUCUCAAACAACGUUGAUUUUUCGUCAACAAGCAUCUCGAGUCUCGAGAUCUCGACUCGACAACUUCUCUCUCUAUCGUAAUUUGUAAUUAAUUAAUCGACCACACCCACAAAAAGGUUUACCUUUUUCAUUUUUCAGGUUGCUUGAGUCAAAAGUACUAAUACGUGCAGAUUUCGUUCUGUGUUCUUUUGUUCACUAUUAAAAGGUGAAUUUGACAUCAUCCUCGCCAGUCCGUAACUGAAUAUCCAAUAUGAAACGAUCUGCUCGAGUCGCUGCGACGGCUGCACGGGCAGCAGUACAAGAAUUGUAUGAACCAUCUCCGACGAAGAUUGUUAAGCCAAAGCAAUCACAAAAUAAGUCACAAAUCAAAGCCAGUACUAAAAAGGCUAAUUCAACAACCACAUCGGAAAUUAACAAAGACGCCACAAAAGCUGCAACGACAUCCCGUGCUGUUGUUGAGGAGGAUGCAUCUCCUUAUUUUCCACCAGCAACAGCUCCAUUAUCUAAAUUCUUUCCGCAGACAAAGAAAUCUGAAGCAAUAUUAACCAACGAUAGUACACAAAAAGUUGUUAAAAAUCCACUCAGACUUGAACGAGAGUUUUUUGAUCAGGAUGCUGUCCCAUUAUGUACAGCCUUACUCGGCACCGUGCUUUGUAGGAAAAUUGCUUCCACCGGGGAAAUACUUCGCGGUACAAUUGUUGAAAUGGAAGCUUAUCCUGGGAAAGAGGAUAAGGCGUCGCAGUCCUUCGGUGGGAAGAGAACUGCCAGGAACGAAGCCAUGUACAUGCAACCAGGAACAGCCUACGUAUACUUUACUUACGGAAUGUAUUUCUGUUUCAACGUGUCAUCCAGGGGUGAUGGAUCUGCCUGCUUAAUUAGGGGAAUUGAACCUCUCGAAGGCUACGAAACAAUGCAUCACCUUCGAAGCAUACCCACGACAAAGAAAAAGGUCGACUCCGGUAACGAUGAACAAUCGAACAAAGAAAAAAAGAAACUGGACACUCAUCAACUGGCUAACGGACCUUCGAAACUCUGUAUUGCAUUUGAUAUCAGUCGCGAUAAGUGCGACAAGAUUGACAUGGUCACGAGCGAUGAAUUAUGGAUUGAGACAAGUCGGGACUUGAAAUUUAAGAACAGGGACUUUGAAGUUGCUCUAGAUAAGCGAAUUGGAAUUGAAUCUGCUCCACCUGAAGCAAGAAAUAGAUUGUGGAGAUUUUAUGUCAAAGACAGCUGGGCUGAGAGCAAGGCUAAAAUUGGUGAACUUAAAAAGAAAGCAAAAUUGUCCCAAAAAAUCUAAUUGGAUUUCGGUUUAUUUUUUUUACUUAAAACAAAACGGAAACUUUCCGGUGUAUUUUUUCACUUUUAAUAUAGUACAUUGGAAUACAUAUAUUAUUUAAUAAUUUAAACCCAUAGUUCAAGUUACUUCCUUUGAAUUCAAACGUUCAUGGCAAUCAAUAUCAGCGUAUUCUAUGUACAAUAUUGCCGGUGCUAGUUGAUUGUGUUGAAUCGACUGUAAUAGUGUGAUAGUCUGUGUCUGAUAGUUCUGAAAGCGAAAGUCCUUAUUUUACUGGUUAGACAAUGGCUGUAUUAAUCAGAGAAUAAGGUAUUAUUAGAACUUAAAAUUACAAUGUACUUGUAGAAUUGAUCAGUAUAAUUUUUUUCGAGAUGCUGAUAAGAAAUAUUACAUACAAAAGUAUAUCAAUAAAUAUUUACAUUGUCUUAUAAAAUGCUCUACAUACAUACUCCAAAAAAUGAAAAUGCUCGCAACUAAUACAUAAUAUAUAUUCUCAGUUUCGCAAUCAAUUCAC